AUGCCGCACCACGAGGAUAACAAUUUUGGCGGAAUGCCAGAAGUGCAUGAUUUCGACGCGCUGCUUUUCGACAUGGAUGGAACGAUCAUAGACAGCACGCCGGCGAUCGUCAAGCACUGGCAUCAGAUAGGAAGGGAGAUUGGAGUUCCUGGCGAUGAAAUUCUGGAAACUUCACAUGGACGAAGAUCGAUCGAUGUGCUUGCCAUUCUGGCGCCACAUCUGGCGAAUUGGGAAUAUAUUUGUAAAGCCGAGGGCGCUAUUCCUGUCAAUUAUGGCCAAGACGCAAUCGAGAUUCCAGGCAGCAGGAUACUACUCGAGCAACUCGAAGCUGCGCGAGCUCCGUGGGCUAUCGUCACUUCUGGAACGAGACCAUUGGUCUCAGGAUGGCUGGACGUCAUGAAACUGGCCCACCCACGUUUCAUGGUCACAGCCGAGGAAGUUCAGCAAGGCAAACCAGAUCCCGCAUGCUACCGUCUGGGAGCAGAGCGAUUGGGCAUAAAAACCAGUGACAUUCUGGUGCUGGAAGACGCUCCCGCUGGUGUAAUGGCUGGCAAAGCUGCAGGCUACCGCGUGGUCGCAUUGGCAACGACACACAGCAUUGAGAAGCUCAAGCAAGCUGGUGCAGACUGGAUAGUACGGGAUAUGGAAAGCGUGACUCUCUCGCGGUUCGACGGCAAGACUGGCAAGAUUAGUAUUCGGGUAAGCAACUCAUUGCUUGCCUGA